AUGACCAGCGGCAGGGAGCUGUACAUGUUUGACGGGUACGUUUUCUGCUUCGCGAAUAGCGCCAAAGACGUUACCUUCGCCCAAUCUCAAAGAGGUGGUCGUCUCCUCAUAUUCAAGGGUUACUCCUACAGUCUACAGAAGUUCAACAACAACAUCGGCCAAUGGAGAUGCACCAUGGUCCAGCCAGGCACGGCUAAGAGGUGUACUGCCAAGCUGUUCACAGGAGAGGACUUCCAGGUACUUGACGACUGCGGCGAGUUCAUCUGGACCAACAGGGGCGGCAAGCACCCUCUGCUCCUGUUCUCGGGGUACACGUACAGCUACCAGAAGGAGAACGCCCUGGGCCGGAUCUCCUGGUACUGCUCCAGGAGGCUGAAGGGCUGCCGAGCGUCGGCCGUGAGCUACGGAACCCGCGUGUUCGCUUACAAGCCUCAUGACCACCCGCCGCCCAAGAUCACUAUGGGCACAACAGAGGCUCAGAAAGAAGCUGAUCUUCAAAUAUUAUCGGUUUACACAAAAACUGAGACGAAACAUUGAUGAUAUCCUUUAUUAAGCAUAUAUUAAUUAAUGUACCUAUUGGUAAUGCUAGAAAAUCUUAAUUUAAUUUUAUACUAACAUUCUACCGCUAUACGUGAAGGCUAAAAGUAAAAAACAAAAACGGAGACGAGGGCCAAAAACUAUUUGCUGAUUUUUCCCAAAUCAUUAAUGUUUUCACGAUACCCUCGGAAUAAAUAUGGUAGUUAAAACACUUGGCUGAAGUAUUUUUAUUGUACAAAUUUAUUAUAUAUGUACAAAUUUGUUUUUAUAAAUGAAAUUUUAAGCAAUAUUAUAAUAUGCGAUAUGUAAUGUUACCUAUUGUAGCAUACCAGAUUUUUUGUUUGUUUUGCAUUCAAUAAUUGGUCUAACAAUUUUUUUAGUAAACUAUUUAUUGAUAUCCCCUUUUUUUCGAAAUAUCAACAAUUUAUAUAGUUAAACUAAAGUGUUUUACACGGGUAUAAUGCUGAAAUGGCUCUUCUUUUUUGACAAGAGACCAUACUAUAAACAGUAAGCCAUGACAUCGACAAUUAUAUCUUUUAAAUUUAAUUUAUUUAAAUAAAAUUAGAAGUAUAUAUUAUAUUAUAAAUAAGAUUAACAUUAGCUCCUUCUAGAUAUCAUUAUAAUAAGUAACAAUCUUUCCUCUAUAGUUCUUGUUAUCAUCGCUGAGGUAGUUUAACAGGCCAAUUCUAAAUACCUAUACUGAUACCAUUAAUUCAUUAGGACAUCUGAAGAAUGUCAUUCGGAUAUAGUGCAUUUCGCUUGUUCACCCGUAGCUGUAUGGGCGCGGGCGAAAUGUACGAUGACUGAAUGACAUAUUUCGGAUAUCGUUCUGAUGUCGGCGUAAGUUUGAAUUGACCUGCUUGUAGUUCCUAUAAUAUAAGCAUUUAUUUGAAUUGUUCCUAGUUAAUUGAAUGUAGGUUAUGUACGAUAUAUUUAUACGUUGCCUACAUUAAAUUAUUAUUCCGAAAACAUUAAAUUAUUAUUCCGAUAUGAUA